GAGUUAAAGCAUAUGGAGCUUCAUCUCAUUCUCAUGUUUACCCUAUGUUUGCUUUAUUCCAGUAAUACUAAUGGAGCUUUACCAGAAGAGGAGUACUGGAAAUCCAAGUUACCAAACACUCCAUUACCAAAUGCUUUACAAGAACUUUUGCAGUCUGCUGAAAAUGCAGGAAAUAUAAGUAAAAUUGCAGAAGUAGUGCUUAUGAUGCCUCCAAAUAACGAUAGAGGAUCAUAUGAUGUUGGAUAUUGGAAUGCAUUGAACACGUCUCCCCGUAGUAAUAUUAUGCAAAAUGAAACUACUAUAUGGCUUUUAUACAACGAUCUCCGCCCUAAUAAAAAAAUGAAACUUAUUUUCACCAAAUCCAUAAAUGGAUCCAAAUUCCUACCUCGUAUAAUUGCUGAUUCGAUGCCCUUUUCGAGCAACAAGUCACAAGAAAUUUUUGAUCACUUCUCGAUAAAACCGACGUCGAAAGAAGCUCAGAUCAUAAAUCAAACAAUUGAAGGAUGCGAAGCACCAAGCAUUAGAGGAGAAGCCAAAUAUUGUGCUACUUCUCUCGAAUCACUAGUCGAUUUCGUCACCGCCAAUCUUGGAACGAAGGUUAGGGCAUUUUCGAACGAGGUAGAAGAAGAGAACAAGGAACAAGAUUAUACUAUUUUAAAUGGUAUAAAAAUGAUAGGAGACAAUCAAAUAGUGUGUCAUAAGGAGAUAUAUAAGUAUGUUAUAUAUUAUUGCCAUGCAAUUAAUGCCACAAGGGCUUAUAUGGUUCCAAUGGUGGCUAAUAAUGGUUCCAAAGUUAAAGCAAUUGUUGUUUGUCACUCUGAUACAUCACCUUGGAACCCUAAACAUUUUGCCUUUAAAGUUCUUAAUAUUAAGCCUGGAGGACCUCCGAUUUGUCAUUUCACUAAUACUGAUACAAUUGUUUGGGUUCCUAUAUAAUGUAUCUAAUUAAAAAUUUGCUGUAAUAGUA